GCAGUCUUGCCAAUGGAGCUAACAGCCAGGUCUUUAAGAGUGAUGAUUCAGCAUAAUCUCCAGUCUGGAGAAUACGAUGAGGCCAUGAUGCUUGAGCUUGAGGAUCUUGAAGAUUCAUGUUUGACAGCUUUGGAUAGAUUGCAAGCCCAAAAACUCAAAGUUGCAAAGUCUUACAACAAGAGGGUAAAAGGUAAAAACCUGGUAGUUGGUGACUUGGUCUGGAAAGCAAUUUUACCUCUUGGCAAGAAAGAUCACAGAUUUGGGAAAUGGUCUCCAAAUUGGGAAGGACCAUUCCGAAUUCAUGAAGUGUUGAGAGGGGGUGCUUAUUGGUUGGAGUCACUUGAUGGAGAGCUUCAUCCCAGAAAAAUCAAUGGAAUUUAUCUCAAGCCUUAUUACCCUACAGUCUGGGAGGCAAGAGGUUUAGAGUCACAAGAAGCUGUCUGAACCAGGUUUAUACUUCUGUCUGUGCACAAAUAAGUUGAUUUGCUUUCA